GGAACCACCUGAUCACCCGGUGUUUUUAUAUAUGGGACAAGGUCCCAAUGUGGAGCAGGAGCAGUGAUGUCAUGUAAUGAUCAUUCUCCAGCUGGUUCUAUACGUCAUUUGGCCAGAGUUUAUAUAAAGCACGAAGCCAAAGACAGGUAGAAUCCAAUAUCUUUCAAUCCAACUUACUUGCAAGUGGAUCAUACCUCAAAUAAUAUUGAUUAUUCAUCAUGGGCUCAAUCAUCUCAGCUAUUGGCGGUGGAAUCAGCGCCAUCAUAUUUGCCAUUGCAGAUGUUUUAAUGAUCAUCGUUGGGGCUGUCACGACUGUUAUUGUCACAAUAUUUGACGUCAUUCUCGAUAUCUUGUGUUGUAGAUGCUGCGGCUCACGUCGCUCAGGCAGACGCACAGGUCGACGUGGGCGCAACAGUGGGCGCAGCGGCGCAUAUUAGGAGAACGCUAGAUGUUGUUGCAUUUUACCCUGGGUCUGCAAAAGCUAUUUGCAUACACGCUUGACUGUGUUCCUGUUAUUAAUCUAUCCAUCUGUCCUAAUUCUCAUGCUAUUCCGUUGGCACUUUGUUUGAAAUU